AUGGACGCGGUGGAUAUCUUGCUGGUUUGCCUUGUGGGUUUCUCCGUUCUGGUGUUUUUAAUAGUUGAAAAUCUUGAGGAAAGCAGAAAACCCCGUGAUGAAACAGAUGAGAGCAGGGUAAUUUAUGAUUCUAAGAGAAAAACUGCAACUGGGCGGUGCCUUUUGGAAUCAGUAAAAGCAACGAAUGAUCUAGGAGAGGAAAAGACAUCCUGUGCUGUUGCCGAGGCUGAUCGAGAAUCGUCGGUUUCUGGGAUUUUUGUUGAGGAUGUUGGUGAUCAGAGGGAAGAUGGGUUUUUUGAUGAUUGGGAAGGAAUAGAGAGGACGGAAUUAGAGAAGGUUUUUGGUGAAGCUGUGGUUUUCCUGAGUUGUAAGAGCAACGCUGAUGGGAUUGAUGAAGAUGUGAAAUUGCAGUUGCAUGGCCUUCAAAAGAUUGCUCUUGAAGGGACUUGUCAUGAGUCGCAGCCUAUGGCAUUAAAGCUUUCUGCUCGCGCAAAGUGUACUUAA